GCAACCCCAGUCUCCCACGGAAGGUGCUGAAAACUCCUCGCGACCUUCAUCGCACUCGUCACGGCGGUCAGAUCGUGAGGAGGAGCCGGAACGGGAGGCCACGGAUCCAGAGGCAGCUUUGGGACCCACAGAGGGCCAAGAGGGCCAAGAGGCUGCAGAGACUGGACAGGACACGUUGGUGGACGACCAGGGGAUUGGUGUUUGCGAGGUGUCAGAAGCGGAGUUUCAACUUCUCUUCGAUGCAGGUGUGCUGUACCAGGCUUAUGGCUUCUAUCCACAGCAACCUGUGGGUUUCUCCUUCAUUCCCAGUCCAGAAGCCCAGCUGAUAGCGGCAAUCCAGACUGCUGAUCCUCAGCCUCGAGUGGAGGAGUGGUACCAGCCCAACCCAGUCCCAGUCAACCCGGCGACAGCACCGGUGCAAGGAAUCGCGCCGAUGCUGGGUGCGAUGGACCCCAUGUACCAGCAAUACCAAUACCAAACUGCGCCGCAGAUACCACAGAUGCAGCCCAUGCAGCAGGGCUUUAGCCCGCAGUACCAAUAUCCCUACUACCAGCAGGGCCAAUAUGCCCAGUACGCCGGCGCGGCGCAACCCUAUGGAGCACAACAGCUGUAUCAACAUCAGAUGCAGCAAGCGGCAAAUCGGCCGCCCUCUCAACAGGCUCAAGCACCAGCGUCCGGCGCGGCGGGUCGUCGGCAAAAUGCCUCAAAAGACAGCGACUCAGCCCCAGGCAGUUUGGCGUUGCGUGAGCCCGGUAGCCCGGAGGCUUCAGAUGCAGAAGCUGAAGGUGACAAGGAGGCAGAAAGUCCCAAGGAUGGCGCCAAGAAUGCCAAGAAACCCAAGGGUAAGGCAGCGGCCAAGACCAAAGUUCGAAAGAAACCCAUCGAAAAGCCUCCAGUAGACAAGGGUCCAAAGUGUCAGCUCUUCUUUCUGCCCUUAGAUACUCUGCAGCACUGGAAGAAAGAUCCGGAUGGCCAAAAAGACGAGCACAGCCAUCACGAGGAGCAUGGAGAGAUGAGUGAUGAAAUCUCGCAUGCUUCCUCUGACGAGGACUGGCCAGCAAUGGGGCACCACUGGUCAGAAGCCCACGUGCCCAGCGAAUAUGAGGAACACAGGGCAGAUGCCCACGAGGAGGAGCCAAUGGAAAGUCCGCCAGGUGACGUCGUGGCGGGCAGCGCUUUAAACUCGGCACGGGCCCUGAAGAGUGCACGCACCAUGCCAGAGAGGACCCAUGGCCAGGGUUUGACCAUACGGCGGUGGCAAAAAACCUGGGAUUGUGCAGGGAUUUAA